GCUUCUCAUUUUCUGUAAGCCAUCCUUUCUCUAGCUCUCUUCCUCUGCAAUCUAUCACCCUCGCAAUGGAGAUUAAAGCACCAAACACCAUCUCAAGUUCUCUUCCAUUAGCUAGAUUUGUUGGGAUCCCAAUAUUUCUCAGAAUUCUCAAGUGGGUAAUCCAGAUACUACAUUCAAGUUUUCUAUCUCUUCUCCAACUCAAAUAUGGCUUUGGAAUCUGUGAACCAAAGCAUUGGAUUGAGAUGAAAAACCAUUGUCCUGAUCAACCAGCAAGGAAGCAGGUCUUUUUGGAGGAUAAAGAAGAUGAUGAGAAACUAAGCAGAAAAGAUAUGGAGAUGGUGAUGGAGAAGUUGGGAAUUUUUUUUAACCCAAAUGAUGAGACAGUUCAAAAGAGAUUAGGAUGUGAGGAGUUUUCAGUUUUGUUUGAAGAUGAGGAGCCAAGUUUGGAGGAGGUGAAGGAAGCUUUUGAUGUGUUUGAUCAGAACAAAGAUGGAUUCAUAGAUGCAAUGGAGUUACAGAGAGUUCUUCACUGUUUGGGUUUGUGCAGGGGAGGAUUCAAGAUGGAGGAAUGCAAGAGAAUGAUAGAAACCUUUGACACAAACAAAGAUGGAAAUAUAGAUUUUAACGAAUUUCUGAAUUUAAGUUUAACUCAACUUUGAGAAAUGACUUGUUUUAUUGGCUUUUUUUUUUUUUUUUUUUAGAGGAACAAUAAUUGAGAUUGUAAAUGUACAAAUUUCACAAUGACCUGAUGAUGGGAGCUAACAGUUAGAAAGUGAAAAA